CUGGACUGGAGACAAAAGAAGGAAGGGACGAGGAGGCAAUUUGGAACGAGGCGGUUGAUGGGAUCAGGGAGUGGCAGAGCGUGCAUGGAGGCAAUGAGAGGAUAGAUUGUACGCUGAGAGAGGUGACCACAAAGGGAUUCUACUUCCAGGUGAGCACAUCGUACCUACACAUCCUAGCCCGGUGCUUGUGCUCACUAGUCUCAUCCCUCCCUUCCUCCCUCCAUGCAGUGUCUCCUCCUCGCCCUCUCCCUCCCCCAACGACUCGCUGAGCUCAACAAUAUAAUGCGCCACCGCUUCAAGAAGGAAUCGCAACGCCCUUACUUUCCACACAUCUCACUCCUCUACGCAGAUAUACCCGCCGAGGAAGCACGCGGGCAGAUCGCUCGACUUCAGAAGGAAGGGUGGUUUGAGCGGGUAGGCUCGGCCGCCUCCGGUGCAGGUCGGCCACAAGAGGAACAAGGCAAGGGAGGAGAGGAAGCUGUACGGGUCAAGGAUGUGGGUAGCGAGGUGAGCUUCGACGAGGUACAACUGUGGGACUGUAAUGGACCGGUGGCGGGAUGGAAGAAGCUGAGGAGUAUGUCGCUAGUCGAACAACGGUGAUCACAAUGGGACAUGACAAAGAACUUCGGUUGGCUAAGCAAGACAUCGAGAAGGAAAGACAUGGGGACACAUAAAGCGAACGAUCAAGUGAGCGAAAUGCCUCAGCAUUGCGGUG